ACACUCACACUUUCUCUCUCCUCCAUCUUCAUUCAACAAUCAACAUUCCCUUCUUCCUUUCUCAUCAUCCUCUAUAUAAGUACUCCCUCUUUUGCCUCUUCACUUCACUUAGCUCUCCCAAACUCCACAACUUUGUCUUUCACACAAAAACAAAACAACAUACUCUGUUUUCCUCCAUUUUUUCUUAAUACUAAAUCUGUCCAGAAAAAAACCUGAUAAUUAUAAUGGGAAUCGCAAGAAUGAUGAAGGAAUCUGAGAAAAGAAUGUCAAGCAGGAAACUAGGAAGAUUUUUAAGGGAACAAAGAGGAAGACUUUACAUUAUUAGAAGGUGUAUUGUAAUGCUCCUCUGUUCUCAAGAUUGAUUGAUUAGUUAGUGCUCGUUUUUUUUCCUCUGUUAUCUUAAUCGAUCUCUUCAUUCUUUCUUUUUAGGGAAUGGUUUUCCAUGAUAGAAUUUCCAAUUGCACAUAGAAAAGAAGAGUGAUUAUUAUGCUAGAUUUUUAGAUUAAUUAGGUAGAUUUUUAGCUCCUUAACUACUUCUUUUUCUUUGUACAUGGUUAAAUUUCUUAGUAACAAUGGCUAAUUUCUGAUUUUGAACA